AUGUCUUCGUCCAACGUCACCGUCGCUAAAGGCUCCUGGGUCCUCGUUACUGGCGUCAACGGCUUCGUCGGAACUCAUGUCGCGAAGCAAUUCCUAGAGCAUGGCUAUAAGGUCCGAGGCACGGUCCGCGAUGUAUCGCUGUAUCCCUGGCUCGUCAACGACCUGUUCAAGACUUAUGCGCAGAGUGGCGACUUCGAGGUAUUGGCUGCAGAUCUUGAAGCAGACAACGCCUUUGAGGAGGCCGUUAAAGGGGUUCAGAUCAUCCAGCAUGUCGCCUCGGUAGUCAGCUUCUCUCCUGACCCCAAUACCGUCAUUCCCCAGACCGUCAAGGGCGUUACUUCUCUUCUUGAUGCCGCGAUCAAAGAACCUUCCGUCAAAGAGUUUGUUUAUACCAGCUCCCUCGUGGCCUCUACCGCCCCAGCACUUGGAAAUAAUGUGAAUGUCACUCGAGACUCCUGGAAUGAUAUGGCCGUCGAGCUUGCCUGGGCUCCGCCUCCUUACGAGCCUAGCCGAGGUCCUGUUGUAUACAUGGCAAGCAAAGUUAUUGCCGAGAAAGCAGUGUGGGACUUUGUCAAGGAUAAAAAGCCUCACUUUACUCUUAAUGUUGUAGCUCCCUCCGCCAUCCUUGGUGAGCCACUUAACAAAUACAAUUCCGACAAAGGAUCUUCUUGGCUCAAAUACCUAUACGAUGGUUCUCUCGAGCAAAUAAUCGGCAUGCCUGCGACUUAUGCAGUAGAUGUCAAGGAUACUGCGCUGCUCCAUGUUGCUGCUGCACUUGAUCCCGAAACCAAGGGGGAACGCAUCCAGGCUUGGGGUAACAACGUUAAUUGGGACGAUUUUCUUGCCAUUUUGAGAGACAUAUAUCCAAAGGAGGAGUGGGUUGGUGACUUCACAGGCAAAGUCAAGUUGAGCAUCACUACCGACCAGACCCCAGCUUUGGCUCUCUUGAAGAAAUGGGGCAAUCAAGAUGGAUGGACAACCCCUCAUGAUUCGGUGGCCCAGGCUGUGGAUGUUUACCUUAAGUGGUACCCCCGUAGCUAA